ACGUCGAAUAUGCGUGCGCACACGCUUGGGGUCGGCUGACUUCGAGGAAACGACACUCUCGCAUUCCCGAAGCUCUCUUUCGCAGUGUUGCGAGAUAAUGUUAACGUUACGAGACGCAAGGGAAUCAGUACGCUUGUGAAUGCACGCGAGUGAGAACGUGUGUUGGAGUUUGUGACUGCGACGAGUUCGAUGUGCCGAGCGUACCGACAGAUUAAUUGUUUUAUCCUCGUUUAAUGAUAUAUCGAACAAAUUUGCUAUGAAUAAGACAGAAUUCAACAUCGUCCUAAGCACAGAGACACCGAAAACCUCGACCUCGAGCGUGAUUCAUUCUCACAUUCCGGUGCCUAGAGUAUCAACUGCGAUCAAGACUCAAGAAAGAUGCCCUCCAAAGCGUAGAGGGUCCUUCGAGAGAUUGGGCCGCGGAUCCGUGGCCGCUCAAAAAGCGUGCUUUGAAAAGCUCGAAGCUUCCGUCGUACAACUAAGAUCACGUAACAAUAAUCAAUUGUCAACUUCAAGCAUCGAGAUACGAAAUUCCAAGGAGAAGACGACGCCUGUGAGCAAUUAUAAGACGAGCGACGUUUUCAAGUUUAAUAUGGAUAACAGCUUUAGCGAGAUCAAGUGGAAAAAUAAAUAUGAAGACUCGGAGAAGAAGCGAAAGCUUUUGCUACAAAAGAAUGAAGCUGUUAGUAAAGAACAUGCAGAUUUGGAGAAAAAAUAUCAACAAUUGCAGAAAGAAAAUAAUACGCUACAAUCACAAGUUCAAGAGAAGGAACAUAAGCUGCUAAAAUUGCGAACAGUUUCGGAAGCAGUGUGUAAGGAAUACGAACAAUUAAAACGUCAAUAUGAUGUGGAAACGAAUGCAAUGCACAAAGCUAUGCAACAAGCAUCUCAGUGGUAUCGACAAAACCGCGAGCUCAAACGAAGAUCUCAAAUUAUGACGCAAAAGUUUCUACAUAAUAAUCCAGAGCAAUCAUUGGAUUUUGAUUUAUCCGACGAAGUGGAUACAUCGAAUUUCGAGGAUUUGGAUGAGCUGAGACAAACGGUGAAAGAAUUAAGCGGUGAAAUAGCGCGGCUUCAGACAGAACUUCAUUCUGCGCGACUUCAAGAAUUCGAAGCUCAAGAGCAGGUGACGCAAUUGACUACACAGCUGGAAGAAGAAAGAGCUCUCCGAGAAAAAGGAGAAGAGAAAAUUAAUGAAAUGAAGGUUCACAAAGGAAAUAUGGAAAGAAUUACAAAAAUGGUGGCUGAAGAGGUGCAAGUUUUGAAAACGCAAUGUGAUCGUGAGAGAGAAAACGCGAAAAUUCUCAAGAUAGAAGCUGAAAAGGUUCAAAAAGAACGAAACGUCUUAGCGCAUCAAAGCGCUCUUCUUAUGGCGGAGGUCGGAGAUGAUCCAAAUGGAAGAUUAUUAGCUGUUUUGCAAGAAGUGGAAUCUUUAAAGAGACUAUUAGAAGAAGAACAGCAGACGCAUGCUUCCCAAAUACAGAUGUUACAGGAGAAACUGGAAGAAAAAGAAUCGAAUGUAGAAUUUGAAAUUGUCGAAGAGAAACUGAAGCUCGCAGAAUCCGAGUUAGAAGUUGUUCUUCAGAGAGCCGAAAGGGCCGAGAAAACAAUAGAAGAAUUGGAGAAUGUUGUUCGAUGUUUAAAACAAAAAAUCAGCGAGUUAGAGGAGAAAGUUUCGAAACCGCCACCGCCACCGUUACCUCCGCCUCCCCCACCGCUACCAAUAUCGAUGACUGGUCAAUCAUCGAUAAAAUUGCUAACUAAGGAAAAAUUGAUCUCCGAGCGUUCGGCUGUAAGUGACAUGGAGAAUAUGCUUGGCAUUGCACAAAAAAAAACACCUGCAGUAACACAACAGCCUGCUAUUGACGAUAUUAUCAAUCAAAUCAAAGGCGGACGUUUCACGCUAAAGCAUACAGAUAAACAAAGAGAAGAGGAGCGGAAAAGACGGCAAGCAGAAAAUACGUCGCCAGCAGUUUCUGAAAUGUUAAAUAUUCUUGGUACCAUGAGACGGAGAGCUAAACCAAUAAGGCAGUCAUUCAAGUUUACAGACGCAUCAUCGUAGUAAUGGAUGUUGCUUAAAUGAAAAUAAUUUGUAAUUCCAGAAAGGUUUGAGUCUCAAAAUCAGCUAAAUCAUACAUUAUUAAUUUUACAAUAUGAUAUAUCUUUCUUGUUUUAUUUGUACAUUUGCGUUUUAUAUCUAUUUUACUCGUUUAUCUAAAUUUAUGUAUAC